AUGAAAAACACUGAGAGAAUUGCCAAUUUGGCAUUAGCAGGUUUAACCUUAGCACCUCUUGUUGUGAAAAUAGAUCCAAAUGUAAAUGUUAUCUUAACUGCUUGCAUCACUGUGUUUGUGGGAUGCUAUCGCUCUGUCAAACCAACUCCACCUACUGAGACAAUGUCUAAUGAACACGCUAUGCGUUUUCCCUUUGUUGGGAGCGCAAUGUUGUUAUCACUCUUCUUGCUCUUCAAGUUUCUAUCUAAGGACUUGGUCAACACUGUCUUGACACUCUACUUCUUUGUACUGGGGAUUAUUGCCUUGUCGGCAACAUUACUACCAUCUAUCAAACGGUUUUUGCCAAAGCAUUGGAAUGAGGAUCUCAUAGUCUGGCGUUUUCCAUAUUUUAAAUCUUUGGACAUUGAGUUUACAAAGUCACAGAUCAUUGCUGCAAUCCCUGGAACCUUUUUCUGUGGAUGGUAUGCUUUAAAGAAACAUUGGCUGGCAAAUAAUACAUUGGGUCUUGCUUUCUGUAUUCAGGGAAUUGAAAUGCUUUCUCUUGGGUCUUUCAAGACUGGUGCUAUUCUGUUGGGUGGACUCUUUUUUUACGACAUUUUCUGGGUUUUCUUCACACCAGUGAUGGUUAGCGUUGCAAAAUCAUUUGAUGCUCCAAUAAAGCUUUUGUUCCCCACAUCUGAUAUUGCAAGGCCGUUUUCGAUGCUUGGACUUGGUGAUAUUGUUAUCCCUGGUAUCUUUGUAGCACUGGCAUUGCGUUUUGAUGUUUCUAGAGGAAAGCAACCCCAAUAUUUCAAGAGUGCAUUUUUAGGAUACACUUUUGGCUUGGUCCUCACAAUAGUUGUGAUGAACUGGUUCCAGGCUGCUCAGCCCGCUCUUUUAUAUAUUGUACCUGCUGUUAUUGGAUUUUUGGGUGUUCAUUGCAUAUGGAACGGUGAAGUCAAACAGUUAUUGGAGUUUGAUGAGUCCAAAUCCAAAUCAUCUGAAGAAGAGAGUGAUGCCAAACCUAGCAAAAAGGAUGAAUAA